CUAAACUGAAACGCGACCAUCUCAGAAGCACCAUGAACUGCCUCACAUUGGUAUUUGUCAGCGUAAUACUGCAUUCUUGCCUUUCACCAUGCUUCAUAAACGCACAGGAAUAUGUGACAGUCAGUACACAAGAAGGAGAUCUGAGAGGUCAAAUCGAAACAACGUACACCAAUAAUACGAUGUACAGUUUCAAAGGCAUCCCCUAUGCAGAGUCUCCAGUUGGUGACCUCAGAUUCCAGCCGCCCGUGAGGAAAGCUGCUUGGACAGGAGUUCGAGAUGCUCUCCAGUUGGGAUCUCCCUGCGCUCAGUCUUUGUUUGGCGAAGAGGACUGCUUGUAUCUCAACGUGUAUUCCCCGAUAAGCCCAUCGCAGAACGAAGCACUGAAAGCUGUCGUGGUUUACAUCCACGGAGGAUGUUUCACUCUAGGAAGCGGCUCUUUGAGUCGGCCUCACUACUUCGUGGACAACGACGUUGUAUUUGUCAGUAUAAAUUACCGCCUGGGACUGCUAGGUUUCCUCAGCACGGGAGAUGAAGUCGUCCCUGGAAAUAUGGGCCUCAAGGAUCAAGUGGAGGCUCUGAGGUGGGUGCAGAGGAACAUAGCGGCGUUUGGCGGCGAUCCAGAGAGAGUGACUAUCUUAGGCCAAAGCGCAGGAGGAGCUUCCAUUCACUACCAUGUCCUAUCUCCACUUAGCAAAGGUCUCUUUAAGAACGCCAUAGCAAUGAGCGGGUCAGCGCUGAACCCCUGGGCUUUCUCCAAAAACGCAACAGACAGAGCAAUACGCUUCGCGAACUACUUGGGAUAUUCGGGGCAGAACUCCUCAGAUCUCGUAGACUUUCUCAAGACCGUGGAUGGACGCACCCUAGCCCAAGACAGUGACAAAGCUCUGUCAGAGGAGGACAGACUGAGUUUAUUUACAUGCGUCUGGGCACCCAGUGUCGAACCGGAUCACGAAGCAGCCUUUCUCACAGAGGAACCAUGGCGGCUGGUGGCUGAAGGUCGCUACAAUCACGUCCCGUACAUGUCGGGAGUUACGGACCUCGAACUAGUUGCCCAAAUUCACGGUACUGGACCGCUGGCCACAGAAGAAGACAUCAGUAACCUGAACGCAAACUUCGAGGAAAUUGUUGGGUGUGAUCUGAGACUCCCGACCAGAGAGGAGCAGCUGAGUGGCGCUCAUUCAGUGCGACUGUUUUACUACAACGACAGCGAGGUCACGCUGCAGGACAACUACACCACUGCUCUGUUUGAUUCUCAUCUGUUUUUCGUGGAGGGAGUUGACGCUGUCGUAAGAAGUAUGGCCAGAUAUUCUUCAGGGCCGGUAUACUACUACGAAUAUACUUACAACGACGGAGUUAUCAACCAAUAUCCUGAAGGUGCAGGCCACGCCGCCGACAUAAUAAACAUGUUCUUUUCGACUUCACUUGAUCCCACAUCAGAUGGUGCUAUUCUCAGCGACCAGAUGACUGCAAUGUGGGCUAAUUUUGCUAAGUAUGAUAAUCCCACUCCAGAACUGAACUCACUGCUGACGGAAAAAUGGGGAACCUACAACGAAUCGUCGCCCUUCUACUUGGAGCUAACAGCUCCUCUGAAGCCAAGAAUGAGAUUAUUUGAGUCCUACAUGAACUUCUGGCACAGUUUACUGCCAUAGGAAGUGCAACAGCCAGAAUAUAAAUUUUGUGGCACGUUACUGGGUCUGGUCCACUUUGGUAAUUAACAA